CUGUCACUGUCUGCUCGUUGGACAGAGGUGAACAUUGCACUGGAGCUGGUCUCCAUCAUUGACUGGGAUUUUUCUUCUUGCUUGGAAGACCCUGCAGGCCAGGGUGCAGAGGGCUCUUUGUGGAAUUCUAUUUGCUGAGAUCAUAUUUUUAUAAUUCAACACCAUCCUUACCUGCCGCUGGCAGUGCAGGUUCAACCAGAGCAGGAUAUCCGGAAAGUUUUAAACCAGAGGAAUCAGGAUUCACUCUGUGGACUCAGUCUUCAUCCCGCAAUCUAACUUUGAGGCUAUAUCCCAGGCAGCUGUCCCAAAGCGAACAGACCACACCAUCACCAACAGGGUCAUGGAGGACUCGGAGGUCUGUUCCCUACCUGGGGGACUUACAAGCAUGAGGAAACAAAUUCAUACCCAGGAAGCUGCAACAUCACACACUGUAACUCAGUUCAAAUUUCAACACAGAACUGAGCAGGAAAUGUCAACCUCUGAGGUAACGUUGUCAAGUGGAAGCAGACAGGCUGUCCCUGGCUGUCAGCAGCUAAAUGUCCAAGAAAGUAUGGUUAUCUGCAGUAACAACAACCUGUCGUCAAGUUAUGAAAACCACCAGAAUGAAACAGUAUCAGAAGAAGAAUUUCCAAGGUACACAACAAGGGAGCUGAGAGAUCGCUUUGAAAGAACAAUAGAAGAGGCUGCUGCUCAAAAACCAAUUAAGAUUGGACGUGACAUCAGUCAGUCAAAGUGGUCUUCAACUUUGAAUCAAAGUAACAAGCUGACAAGUGAGGUGUGUAAGGAAUUUGCUACUGAGACAACACAUGCUUCAACAAUGGAUGUUGAGGACUUUCCACCUCCUCCACCUGAAGAUCUACCACCUCCUCCUCCAGACUUACUACAAUUGCCAUCAGACAGUGUAAAUAUUCCAGUGAGCCCUCCCUCACAUAAGCCUCUAGAGCCAGUAAACAAACAAGCACACAAUCGAGAAUCUUAUUUCAAGCAGAAGGGUAUGUCUGAGCUGAAACGUCUAUACAAACAUAUUCAUCCAGAGGUUCGGAAGAAUAUUGAAAAAGAGUUUUACAGUGAGUACACAGAAACAGAGAACAACCAGGUAGAGAGACAAGUGUACGCCUAUGAGGAAGAUGAUGUUAGUCCUGAUGAUGUCUAUGAUGAGGAGUAUGAAGAGUGGGAAGAGAUACUCCCUGGAGAAGUCCAAGCAAUGCGUUGGAUGUUUGAAAAUAAACCCCUGGAUGCAAUUAAAGAUGAAAUUCCCGAUGAUGAUGAAGACAACAAGAAAAUUACUAAACAGGAAAUAAUUGUGGGUAAAGAUGUGAGGCGCACAGCAUGGAUGUUUGAGACCAAGCCAAUAGAUGAGCUGGGCUCACUGAAUACCAACUCAAUGGAAUAUAAAAACAAAUUUAACAAAAUUGACAAGGGUGAUGUCCGUGCUGCAGCCUGGUUGUUUGAAACUCAAACCAUGGACACUCUAAACAAACUGCACAAGGAGGAAGAUUUGACCAAAGAGAUUGUGUUUUCUCAAGAGGAUGGAAAUGCUUCUAUUUACAUGAUUGAUAGUAGCUUAAUGGAAAGCCUGGGGCAUACGGAGACUAUUGAUGAGAGACACAUGUUGAGCCUGCGUUCAGUGUUGGAAGAGAUCAAUGGAGAAGUUAAAAUAAUAACCAGCACUUUUGACACUCAGUUUAAAUGUGUCAUUAUGGGACAAGCAAGCCAGAUUCUGGAAAUAAAAUCUGUGCGUAAAAUUGAAACUGAACUGGAGAACUCUAUAGCUUCACGUUGGCUUUUUGACACUCAACCUCUAGACCUGACAAAGACAGAAUUUGUUCCUUUUAAACUUGUCUGCAGUCUGUCAAUGGAGGAUAGCAGCAAGGGAAAUUGGGGUAGAUGGCUGUUUGAGAUAAAGACCUUAAAUUCUAUCAGUGAUUGGAACAGUUUGCAAAUGGAGAAAAAAGACGUUAUCGGUGCUGAAGUGCAGAAGCACCGCUUAGUCUUUGAAACUCAACCAAAAGACUAUUCCACUGAUGUGAGAUCUGAGUCUAUUGAAGAGAUUAUUGGAGGAAAUGUUAGAUCUGCAAGAGAUUUUUUUGAAAGCAGUCCUGAAGUAGCACGGAAGAUAGGCCCUGAGGUUGGAAAACUAAGAGAGGUGGCAAUAAAAGAAGAAAUGAAAGGGGAUGUGAGACACCAGAAGUGGCGUUUUGAGAGUCAGCCUCUAGAACAAAUACGAGAAGAGAAGAAAGAGGUAGUUCGUACUGUAAAUGUUGAAGAUGACCUCAUGCAUGAGGAUGGAACAAGCUGCAGGGCAGAUGUUCGUAGGAACUGUUGGGUCUUUGAGACACAGCCAAUGGAUAAAUUAAAGGAUGACUCAAAUACUUGCUCCUUGACAAAAGAAGAAAUUAUUGCCGGUAAUGUGAGAUCAGCUAGAGAAUAUUUUGAAAUGAUUCCAAGUGAAGACCUGAAGGACUGGGUGGAAGUUGGGAAACUGAAAAAGACCAUACAACCUAAUGAGGAGAAGGGUGAUGUGAGACAUCAGAAAUGGCUGUUCGAAAGCCAACCACUGGAGCAAAUAAGAGAGGAGAAGAAAGAAGUAAUACGAACGAUUGACCUAGAAGAAAUCGAUAAAGUGGAUGUGUCAAACUACAAACAAAUCUUUGAGAGCAUAGACGUAAACAAGAGCAAGGAAUCUCAAAUGAUUGAAAUAGAGGAUGUUAUAUCAGGAUCAGUCAAGUCAAAUAAGAAUCUGUUUGAAUCAGCUGCAUUGUAUGCAAUGCAAGAUAGCUUAGGUCACUUCCAUGAGGUAAAAACAGUACGUCGUGAGGAGAUAGUUAAGGGAGAUGUAAAAACCUACAAAUGGAUGUUUGAAACACAACCAGUUGAUCAGUUUAAUGACAGCAUUGAAAAAUACCAAAUUAUUAAGGGCAUAUCCAAACAUGAAGUUUUGUCUGGCAAUGUCAAGACUGCAAAAUGGCUGUUUGAAACACAGCCUCUUGAUGCAAUUAAGUACUUCAGCAAUAUCGAAGAUGAAGAAGCUAUGGAGACCAGUAAAAACUUUGAUGUUGUAAAAGGGGAUGUAAAAACUUGCAAAUGGUUAUUUGAAACAAAACCAAUGGAUAUCUUGUAUGAAAAAGUAGAGCUAAAAGGUGAAAAUGAAUUUGAGGAAAUAUGUAAGGGAGAUGUCAAAACCUGCACGUGGCUGUUUGAGACCCAAACACUUGAUUCAAUCCAUGAUGAAACUGAAACAGUUUUGAAGACACGCAGUAUAAACCAAGAGAACAUAAGAGGACAAGACGUGAAAAUGGCUUGCUUUCUCUUUGAGACAGAAAACCUAGAGAGUUUGAGUGGGAAUGAGAAAGGGUCUUACAAACAUGUUACAGAGAUAGACAUUGCAUCUGGAGAUGUGUCAAGAAAAAAGUAUAUUUUCGAAAACCAAACAUCAGACAUCAUGACAUCUUCUUCAGAAGAGGUAAUGCAAAACCUCAAGAGAGUUCAGAUCGAGGACAUACAAAAAGGAAAUGUUGUGAACUGUAAAUGGCUCUUUGAGAACCAGUGCAUUGACCAAAUUCAUGACAGCCAGGAGGAAUGUAUGAGUAGUCAAACUGUCAAUGAUGUACAACGAGGAGAUGUCAGUAAGGGUCGGUUUAUUUUUGAGACUUAUUCUUUAGAUAAAAUCCACGAAGCUUCCUCUGAGACUGAAAAAUUAGAAACAUCCAAAAUUGUCUUUGAUGAGGAAGAGAAAGGUGAUGUGAGAAAUUAUACAAUGUUGUUUGAAACACAGCCCCUUUAUGCCAUACAAGACAGAGAGGGAAACUACCACGAGGUCACUACUGUCACAAGUGAGGAGGUGAAAAAGGGAAAUGUUGUUGGAACUCGGUGGUUGUUUGAAACAAAGCCACUUGAUGCAAUAAAAGACACAGAUGAGGUCUACAUCAUCAAAUCUGUAACCCAGCAGGAUGUGCAAAAAGGUGAUGUCAGAUCUGCCAAAUGGAAAUUUGAGACCCAACCUCUUGAUAGAAUUGCAGAAGAAAUGAAACCUUUAAUCAAAACUGUGGAGGACAUUCAAGGGGGAAAUGUUAGAGUGAAUAAACAACGUUUUGAGACUGACAGCUUCCCAGAAGGAUCUAUUACGACUGUUAAUGUUAGUGAAAUACAAAGAGGGGAUGUCAGGUCUGCAAAGUGGAGAUUUGAAACCCAGUCCAUUGACAAAAUAAGAAGCAUGAGCUCUGAAAAUCUAAUUGAAACUGUUAAAAAGGAGGACGUUGCAAAAGGAGAUGUUAAACAUUCUGUCUGGCUUUUUGAGAAACAUCCUCUUGACCAUAUCAAAGAAGUGGAGGAGGAUGAGAACAUAUCUGUCAUUCAAGAAGAAAUUCCCAAAGCAGAUGUAAAAACAACAACAUGGCUUUUUGAAACAACACCAUUUGAUGGCUUCAGUGAGAGUAAGGUAGAAAAGACUGAAAUAUUGGGGAAAAGCAUUAAGGGAACUCUUGAGGAACUUUACAGUCAAAAAAUAGUAAGUUCAAAGGGAAUACUAAUUGAGGCUGAUGAAAUUGGCGAUGUAAGAAUGGCCAAAUACCAGCUCAUGAAUAAGCAGACUCCAGAGAUACAGAGAGAGGAAAUCAUCAGGGGCAAUCUGCAGACUAUUAUGAUGAACCUUCUGAACAGAGAGGAAAAAAAUAAGCAGCAAAUAGUCAUAGAGUCAGAGGAGAAGGGUAACAUAAGUUUGACUGUGGAGCAACUCUUGAACCGAGAGACAGGAAGCAGUAUUGAAAAGGAGGACAUUUUACAUGGUGACAUUCAAGAAGCCAUCAACAAACUCCUAAGUGAGAGUGGAUCAGCGAAACAGGGUAUACUUAUUCAAGAGGAUGAAAAAGGAGAUGUACGAAUGACACUGUAUUCCCUUCUGCAUAAAGACCAGAGUAUCAAUGUUGAAAAGGAAGAUGUUGUUAAAGGGGACAUUAAGAGUGCUCUUGAAAGGCUUACUAGCUCAGACACAACAGAUCAAGCAAUAAAAAUAAAGAUAGAUGACGCUGAAAGAGGAAAUGUCAGUUUUUUCUCCACAUGCAUUGAAUCUGGAGCUCUUGAUUAUCUCAAACAGCUGCAGUUGGGAUCUGAUGAAACUCUAGAUGAAGCAGCUCAAAAAGAGAAGAUCAUUGGGGGCGACAUCAAGAAUACCAAAUCUAUCCUGUGCCAACAACAAAUGCAAAUUGAGCGCACAGUAGAAGAUGUUAUACCAGGGGAUGUUCACAAUGCAUUGAAAGUUUUCAUGUCAGAGCCAACAGUCUCAUUGGAAAGAAUCCAGAAGGAGGAAAUAGUUAAAGGGGAUUUAAAAGCUGCUUUGAGCUCAUUGUCUGAAUCAGUAAAUCAGACAGUGGUUGUGGAAAAGGAGGAGGUAGUAAAAGGCAAUAUCCCAAAAGCUCUGCGAUGUUUGGAAAGGGCUCAGAGACGAAACAAAGAGGUGGAGAAGCCAGAUAUUAUUCCAGGAAAUAUUAGAGGUGCUCUUAGAUCUCUGGAGAAAUCAUCCACCUCAAAAGUUGGAGCUCUUGUUGCUGAGGAUUUAGUUCCUGGAAAUGUAAAGGGUACCCUGAAAUCCCUGGAACUGGCAAAGCAAGCAGUGAGGGAAGUUGAAAAAGAAGAAAUUUUGCGAGGUGAUAUUAACAUGGCAAUGCAAAGUCUACAAGAUGCCUCCAGUGAGAGGAAAAUAUGUCAGCAGGAAAUAGAUGUUCAAGGCGAUGUCAAAGGAACCAUUCAACUCUUCAUGGAGCCCCCAGUAUCACAAAGGACCCAACAUAAAUUCAGCCUUGAAGAUGAUGUAAAGGGUGACGUCAAAUUGUCAAUCAGGUCAUUAUAUGAGACACAGGAGCAAACCCAACAAGAGAAAGAGGAAGUAAUAAAGGGUGAUGUUAAAGGCACAAUCAAAUCACUGAUGGAAACAGCACGGCGGGAAACUCCCAAAGUCAGACAUGGAGCAUACAGAAGGGUUAAAGUCAAGCAAGGCCCCCCUGUGAAAAACCUGAAACCAGACUCCCAGAGGAACAUACAAAAGAUAAAAACAGCAAAACAAGUUGAAACAUUUAAGGAAAAUCAAGUGAUCGCUAAUCAGUCAGAUAAUGUUGAAAUAAAGACAUCCACAGUGGUAGAGCACAAAACUAUUACCCAAAACCAUGGCAUAAAAACUGUAAAAACAGAGUUUCGCAAUCUGAAAUCUAACCAAAAAAGUAUGGACAAACUGGCAAAAGCAAAAGUAAAAACUGACAACUACUUUUUAAAGUUACAAUCAGAGGAGCCUGAUCUGCCUUUACCGCCGCCACCACCACCUGUUACAGAAGCUGAACUUCUUCCUCCCCCUCCCAGUCCUCUUCCACCAGCAGCUGAUACUGACAGUGACCAUCUUCCUCCCCCACCACCACCACUCACUGGGGAGCAAGAUUUCCUCCCACUUCCACCACCUCAGCAAGAACUGGAAGGUAUCAAAGUGCAGGCAGUCCCUGCUUCUCCAUUAACAGCAAAGCGAAUGACAGUGAAAAAGGUGAAAGCUCCUGCUUUGCAUCCAGUUCCAAAGUUGGAGGCUAAAGUAGAAUUAGGUAAAAAGAAACAGGUGCAGACAACAUCUGAAAAAACUGUGCAGAAGACCCAAAAUGAAAAAGAAGCAUCCAUGGACUUUUCAAAAAGAGUCUCCCAUGAAGUCCUACCCUCACCCCCAGAAACCCCUAAACCACUAACAAAGUUUCACACUGUGCCUGUUAAAUUUACACCACCACCAUCCCCAAUUCCACCAGCAGAUUCACCACUACCGUUAAAGAAAGUUUACAUUGCUCCUGUAAAGUUCACUCCACCACCUUCCCCUCCACCAUUCAUGAGAGGAAAAGCAAGUAAGUUCAACACACCAUUAAUAAAAGCAGAGGAGAAAUACAGGAAACUUAAGGACGAAAACACACCCCCAACCACUCCAUCUCCCACUCUCACACAUGAUUCUUUUCGUGCUGCUUUUGAAAUGCUGUCCUCUAAGGAUCAAACUAAACACUGUGUCUCAGGAAUCAUACAAGAAGGAAGUGAAAUUACAAAAGCACAAGCCCACUCAGACUCCUCAGUGCAGGUUUUGGUAUCAGAUACAGCCCAAAGUAAUGUUAAGUUUCAACAUGAGAAAGUCUCUACAGGUUCUGCAGUUAUAUCAUCUGCAAAACAGCAAAUUAUAACAAAUGAGACCACUAAGAUUGUUUCCGGUCAGCAGACCACAUCCAUCUUAGCUGUUGAACAACAUUUGCAGACAACGACAAAAAAAACUGUAACUGUGUCAUCUGAUCAGAUGGCACAGUCUGACCAGACUGAUAAAGUCGAGACAGCUGUCCGUUGUGUAACUGGCCAAGGAAAGAAAGAAAUUAAAAACCAAAAAACAAAAUCAGAAGAUCAAAGAAAAGAUGAAACCAAGACAAACCAAGUACUUAACAAUGUUUCUAAAGAUGAAACAAAAAACAAAAACCUGUCUACAAAUAAGAGCCAAGAAAAUGUGUCAGAUCAGCAAAUCGAAAAGACGUCCACCAAUGCAAAAGGAAAAGUGAGCAAACAAAAUCAAAAGUCAAAAAAGAACAACAACAAACAAGAAGCACCAGUUGAGACAAGCAAUUGCAAUGAAAGUGAGAGGUGCAGUGUUUCAAAAGAUUUCAAAGUGAAACAGCUUGAAGCAGCAGAGAUAAAACCAGAAAUAAAGGAAGAUAUUCCUAUCCCUGCUCUGGCUGCAACACCUCAGAUCAGUAAUGGCAAUCAGCUAGAAACUCAAGCUCCAACAAAGAAGAAGAAGAAAUCUAAAAAGUCUAAAGGGGCUGCACAGCAAGGUCAGAGUAAAGAAAAUGUCACUGAAUCGAACACAGGAACAAAGAGACUAGCAAAUGAAAUGACUCAAAGAGCACAUGAAACAAUAGCAAUCGGCCAAAUUCACAAAGGUACAAAAGUGGAGCAUGUUGAAAUCAAGAGAGAGGCUAUUACCACUGGCACAAAAGAAGAUAAAAAGUCUCUGCAACAAAAAGCACCUCAAACGCAACAGAAGGAAUCUCAAAAGAAAGAAGUGACAGCUAUUCAACAGAGCGCAAAGGAACAACCAAAAGAAAGCAGGAAUGUCCCAAUUACUGUGACAGGCAAGUCAGAGCAAAAUGAACUUGUAAAUCUCACGGAGGAGAGAAUAAAGGGAUCUCAGAGACAUGACGUGCAAGUGUUAAUCUCUCAAAUCACAGAGAUACAAAGCAGUUCAGAGAACACUGUAUCUAAAUCUGUAAAAAGGCUGUUAAACUCAACGCCAGAUUGGAUCAUCACUCCAGAAAUGAAGCAAAAGUUGGAGCAAAGAGCUGCUGAAAGUGAUGCUGAGAAAGAUGAAGAAAUUCUGUUGAAUAUUAGGAAACUUGCAGAAUCCAAACUAAUGGAUCUUGCAGACAAAACAUUUGAGAUGCGCAAAUGUGAGGGAGAAAAAGAAGGUUCUGUCUUGGUGGGGCAAAACAUAUCACAAAUCAGUAUUUGUUCCUCCAAAACAGAACAACAGACCUUUAAAAGCACCUCAAGUGAAAUAAGGAGAGAAGAAACGAGUUUGUGCAAAUCCAUCGACCUUCAAGCUCCAUCACCCUCACUCAGAAUGCGUCCUCCCUCUCCAACAUUUAUAACAAUCGAGUCCAUGCGAAGAAUAGACUCGCCUCAAAGAGUGACUCCAUCACCCACCCUGCUCCACAGACCGCCCACCCCUCCAACACCUCCACCACGCAGAUGUGACACCCCAACAUCACGAAUCAUGAGAAUCACACCUUCACCAACUUUUGAUAAGGCAGAAAAUUUGGCUCGGCUCAAAGAAACUACAGCAAAGCUUUCGCGGGUUGUUACACCCCCACCAUUACUCACCCAUCAAAUUACUGAGAAAAAAUCUGAGGUGGUGGAAAUGCCUACAGCUUUUCAGCAGCAAAUCAAAAUUGAUUCUCAAAUUAUGGAAACUUCAGGGCAACUGAUUGGGUCACUGAACUCAAACACAAACAUCGCACAAACUAUUUCGGAAAAUGAUGUGCUCCAAAAAGAGCCAAAUGCUGCAGAGGAUUCGGAUGAUUCUGAUCUAAUAUCUGCUUCUUUCAAAGAAAAGCGGGAUUUUUUUGAAGGGGCACAAAAAGCAGAGCUUAAUAAGAUCUCUGUGCACAAGGAGCCCAUCACUCUCACUGAACGCCUGGGCCCUGACAUGGUAGAUUGUGAGGCAGAAAACAAAAACACAGAAAAAGAUGAAUCUCUCGGGUCAGACUUGUCAAGCUUUGUAAACAAAACUGAAUCCCCAGAAGAGACCCUUUAUAACAGAGAAGAACUCACCCCACCUGCAGAGUGCCUACACAGUGACACAGAAAGCUCAGAAUGCGAUAAAGAAAAAGCAGGCAUCCUACAACAGGAAAUGCCAAGUUUUAACAUUCAAGCGAUUAGAAAUGUUUUUGAAAUAGAUAAGCAAAACUCCUCUGUUACAGAGGAGAGAAAAGAUAAGGAGGAGAUGGUGUCAAUCCUAAGUGAAACAAGAGUAGACACCUCAGUCCUGGAAAGGCCUCAAGAGACCAAAGAAGGCUCAAGGCAAAGUACCCCCCUGCAUUUUCUGAAAAGGAAUACAGAAACAAUCCUUGCACAACCUUCUGCCCUUGCAGAAACCAAAACAAUCACAGAGCAUUUUUCAGAUGUUGAUGAAUUUGGCAACAAACUAACUGGAACAGUGACAGCUAUCACUCAGCACUCCGAAAGCAUCUCAACCUCUCAGGUCCCUUUUUCUUACGCCGAUGCCGUGAAAAAGAAAGCUGCCAGGCGAGCAGAAACUUAUGAUGAGGAUGCCACAGAAAAGCUGCUGAGAAAUUUUCAUAAAACAUGGACAGAGAGCGAGACAGUUUUCAAGAACCUUGGCUACACUGUUUGUGAAGAAUCAUCGUCAAAAGCUGUGCUACAUCAGACAACGACUGUCUCAUUGGAUUCGGGUUCCGAGGUCGGAGCUCUGCACGAUAUGUUGGAGGAGGGCUUAUCCGAUGGAUGCUCUGAUGGUGGACAGAAAAAAGUACCAUAAAUCUUGUUUCUGCUGUGAGCACUGCAGAAAUAAAUUAAGUUUGGGAAAUUACGUCUCUCUCCACGGACAUUUUUACUGCCUACCCCAUUAUAAGCAACUUCUCAAAUCCAAAGGAAUCUACGACAGUGGUCUUGGACAAAACCAUCCUGGGGGAAGCACUGGACCAAACCCCCUUGAAGAAAAAAAUUAUUUGAGAUAUUCAAUGCAUAAUUCAAAUUCCGUUGAUAAACCCCACAGAGUUGAAAAUGAAAUGACAAAAACAUUUAAUAAAAGCCAGCAGCACUGCAACAAAAUAACCAUUGUUUGGCCCCCACAGGGCGAACCACCAAAGAAAACCUUUAGUAUAGAGGAAGACAUUCAGCUGAUAAAACCACAGUGGCCCCCUCCAGACAGCUCCCCCAUGUCGCCCGAUCUUCAACAUAGAAAGGCUGUUCCCAGAAGUGUCCUUUGAAAUGUGAUUUUUCACUUUCAGAUUGUAGUCAAAUAUGAUAAAAUAUAUAUAAAAGGACUUAUGGAUAAUGUAAGACUGUUGUUGGUACAGUUAGGAAAGUGUUAUGCUGAAGGUCAGAUUAAGUUAAGUGGGUUAAGUAAUGUAAGAAAAGCAAGAGUAACUAUCAGGAGCGGAAAGGAAAACUGUAUAUAUUUGUAAAUUGUGAGAAAAAACAGGGUGUAUUUGUAAGUGGAGGAAAGGUAAAUAAAAGUGCAGAAAAUAUGUAAAAGGUGGAUUUAGAAGAUUUUUUUUGAAGAUUAUUCUCUGUGUCAGUUUAAAGUUAACUGCAGUGUUUGGUUGGUUUUCGAUGAUAGGCAGUUGUCCUGCUGUCAAACCAUUCAGCAUUUAACUUCUGAUCAUUACAAAGUUAUAAUUAUAUCAUUCAGCUCAGUGCUGUUUUCUUCUAAGAUUUGUGUAUCUUAUUUACAAACUAAUUCCACAUCCAUAAAAUUUAAUCUCUCUUUGUUUCCUUCAAUUUUGUAUUAUUUCAGCAGGUCCAGCUAUUAACAGAAAAUUUUUAAGCAUUAGUAUUUGCACCUGGUGUGCUAGAAUGAAAAAAAAAAACUUAAUAAUAUAUUAUUUAUAACAAUGAAAGUAUAUAAUAUAAUUGAAUUAAUUGAGAAGUGUAUCCUACAUUGAACUGAAUAUAUUUUACAUUGAAAAAUGUGUAUUUUUUAAAAUAGACGGUUUACUUUCCUUUGUAAGAGAGCUUUUCUGAUUGUGUCCUGGUCUCAGGCUGCUUCAUCUGAAAUAUUGCUGAUCAAAGGGCAAUAAAAUGUUAAUUCCUAA